AUGUACACGAAGAACAUCAGACUAUCGGAAGUAUGGAGAAAGAGAAUUGCAGAGGCGAAACAAUGCGAGCGAGGAGAUAAAGAGGAGAAGCGGUCUCCAUAUAGGACCUUGCAUACGAACGAUAAAAUGUGUGCUGUCAAAAUCCUAGCAAACAUUGUAAGCAUACCUCCACAGAUGAAGUUACCUGCGCACAAUUUCCAACUAAAACUUGUCAUGGGUUAG